AUUUCUGUUUCGAGGUCGAUAAUGUAGUUUCCUCGUAUUUAAAUUUAUAGUUUGACAUUUUUCGGAGUGCCAUUUUUGAAAAUGAGUUCUUCACGCAGUCCCAGGGGAAGUUUGAACCACAACCAGAAUCCACCUCCUGUCGCAACGAAUGGCAACAACGAUCCCCGACACAGUUUAAACCAAGACGGAGGUUCACGACGAAGUGCACAAGAAGAUGAGAGUCCCAAGCAAAGUUUGAAAGAAGAGCAAGGUCAACAAACGAGUCCCCACCCAAGUUCUGAAGGAGGGAAAGGUUUACGUGAGAGUGUUUCCGAGGAGCCUCACCAGCCCGCAACCAAUUUGUCGGCGCUUUGGGAAGAAGAUGAGCCGGCUGAAGAACUAUCGGAUCAGUUUCCGUCUGGGACUUCAACAAUCGAAGAUGAGGAAGAAUUACUUGAUUCUUUAAUUAAACCUCCGUCUAUAGAUUAUGAUGAGCCCAAAAGUGCGUGUGCUCUUCUAGGUAAAGUGCUAGAAGAAGGUGACACAGCAGGUUACCUAAGAGACUCUCUGCAAGAUAGCGUCGAAUCGAUAUCUUCCGGGCUGAAAAUAGCGGGACAGAUUAUGUCCGAAAUUUUUAAGAAAUCCACCAAGCCUAAACCAAGAAGGAAAAUGAAGAAACCUAUAAUGAAGAGCGGUUGGAUGCGCAUAAGUGACGUGAUUCCUAAUUUCGAUAUUAAUGACGAAAUCUUCAAGAAUAUUAUGUUCAGUGAAAAUCUGUUGGUAAGUACUUUUGAUGCGAGUCAACCGCAGCCCGUUCCUGUUGGUGGGUUGUGUCUUGACAUUCAGCGAGCAAGUGGAGGCCCUCUCAAGUACCAAAACAAAAAGACUAGAGGAGAUUUCUUGUUUCCUAAAUUUCUUGUUCAUUUGUCGUCACAACUUGAUUAUAUGGGGCACAAUGGGGGCUCGAGGAUUACGGCGUGGGUGGACAGAGACUUGCAGACUCUGGAAGAGAAAAGAAGAGAAUACCUACAUGUGGACGAAUACCUAGAUCAGCAAAUCCUCUACGUAAACUCCCAAGAAAACUUUUACUACUUGAGACACGAUAAAAAUAAGGACAUGUUUUACAGUCCAAAAAAGGCGAGGAAUUUGAUUUGUGAAGGUUCCAACUUUAUCUUGAUGAGGUAUUUAGCCAUGACGAAAUUUGUCGGUACUUUUGAAACCACUACGCUAUACAUCGACGGAAGCCUCUGCAGAAAUAUUUAUGAAUGCAAAGGUCCCUCUAGCGGUGUAGUCAACAAUAAAAAAUUAGACGUUUGUAAAAUCUACCGGACAAUAAUAGAGGAAUGCGGAAUUGAGCACAGAUGUAUCGCUCUCAUGACUCUGAACGGCCAAAUCCUGAAACAGGAAUGGCAGUUGUGCGACUACCUUUUGCAAUUAAAUCCUUUGAUCCAGAUACGCGACGACAGACUAUCGGGAAUCCCAUUGGAAUUCCAAACGGACGAUAUGCAACUACUCUCGUUAUAUUUAGACUCUAAAGUUUCUAAGGCAAAACAUAUUCAAAAUUACAUGGAAGAUCAUCCGGAAAUCAAAGCUAUGUUGUCUGAUUAUGUGCAAACUAUUCUUCACCUUAAACCGGAGGACGUUUUCGAAUUUACCGCCAAGUAUUUUCUGUCGUUCACUCCUGCUCUCUUGCCACAGAGCGAGUACUUCGAAGCUCCGCACGAUGCGUACGACGAGGAUGAUUACGAGUUUUGGAAAUAUCUGUGAUUAUAUACUAUAGUAUUUUAUUUAAAGAAAAUAUCGUUUUCUUUGCAUAAA